AGGGGAGGAGCGAUACACCUGUGCAAGACUGAAGGGGAGGAGCCGGUACACCUGUGCAAGACUGAAGGGGAGGAGCCAGUACACCUGUGCAAGACUGAAGGGGAGGAGCGGUACACCUGUGCAAGCCUGAAGGGGAGGAGUCGGUACACCUGUGCAAGACUGAAGGGGAGGAGCCGGUACACCUGUGCAAGACUGAAGGGGAGAGUCGGUACACCUGUGCAAGACUGAAGGGGAGGAGCCGGUACACCUGUGCCAGACUGAAGGGAGGAGCCCGUACACCUGUGCAAGACUGAAGGGGAGGAGCCGGUACACCUGUGCAAGACUGAAGGGGAGGAGGCGGUACACCUGUGCAAGACUGAAGGGGAGG